AUGGCCUCCGAGAAAGAUCCCCGGCUGCCCUUCCAGGAGGCGCUGGACAUUGUCAGGUUACCCAAUGCAACCCAGACUCAGUCGGUGCAUCGAUUCAUGGGUCAAAGGGCUGCAUAUGUGCCAGGCAGCGAUAUGCCCCCGAUCAUGCCGCGACUCCACAUAGCCGCCUUUGGUGGUCAUGUCUUCGCACAAGCCGGGCUCGCUGUCUGCCGGGCACGGAAAGAACUGGAGGACAAAAAGGGAACGAAGCCGUCCGAGAGACGUGGACUGCAUACUAUUCACGGCUUCUUUACGGCAUCUGGCAUCCACAACCGCCCUUUCAUUCACGAAGUCACGCCGUUAACCGCGACACGGAGUCUCAGCACACUCUCGGUUACCACCCGGCAACCCUCUGAGCCCAGCACUAACCCUAGUGGCGACAACUUUCCACUUGCUGACGCCCUGCUUCCCCUCGGGGAUCCUUGCUUCACGGCCGUCUGCUCUUUUAAGUUGCCCGAGGAGCAUAGUGCCGGCGUCGACAUGCAAGACGAUGCCCCACAGAAGCGGUUCGCAAGCAUACUCGCAAGCCGUCAACCGCAAGACUGGCUGCCCGUGCCGCCCGUCGAUGUCACCGGCAUGGUGGCUAUGGCUGGCAACAACAUCGUAGGCGCGUUCCCUGUCGUAGACAUGAAGAAGGUGGACAUGAAGGGCUUCAACGCCGGGAAGCCCGCGCAUGAGCGGCGUGAGCUGAUUCUGUACCGGCUGCUACUGCCCCUACCCUCGGACGGCAGCGGCAGCCAAGGUUGGAACGCUAAUGCGCACGUACUUGUGCACGCCUUCGCGGCGGACCGCAACGGCUUGCUGAUGGGGGGUAACCACGUCGGCUUCGGCUGGUCACUGGACCGCGCCGCCUCCCUGAGCAAUAGCUUUGUCAUGCAUGUCAACGCCGACUGCGCCGUCAUGCGCGCCGAGGACGGAUGGUGGGUCCAGGAGUUUUCCUUUCCCCGUGCCGCAGCCGGGCGGAUCACCGUCAUGAGCAAGAUCUGGAGCCCGCGAGGCGUGCAUGUGGCUACCGAGUUUCAGGACGGCAUGCUGCGCGGAAGAGAGGAUGUGGAGGAGAAGGGCAAGCUGUAA